AUGCUGUACGUCGUCGGUUUAGGCCUCGGUGACGAGAAGGACAUCACCGUUAACGGCCUGGAGGCUGUGAAGGGGUGCGAGCGCGUAUACCUGGAGGCGUACACCAGCAUCCUGGGGGUGCCCAAGGAGAGGCUGGAGGCUCUGUACGGCCGCGAGGUUGUCGUCGCGGACAGGGAGUUCGUCGAGCAGGGCAUCGACGGCAUGCUCAACGAGGCGCUCAAGAUGGAUGUGGCCUUCCUGGUCGUCGGUGACGCUUUCGCCGCCACGACGCACUCCGACCUGGUACUCAGGGCCAAGGGUUUGGGGUGCAAGGUGAAGCACAUCUACAACGCGUCCAUCAUGAACGCCGUCGCCGGGUGCGGCUUGCAGCUGUACCGGUUCGGUCAGGCGGUGUCCAUCUGCUUCUUCACCCGGACGUGGAGGCCGGACUCGUUCUACGACAGGAUCAAGGAGAACGCGGACCUCGGUCUGCACACGCUGCUGCUGCUGGACAUUCGGGUGAAGGAGCCGAGCGUGGAGGCGCUGUGCCGGGGGAAGAAGGAGUACGAGCCGCCGCGGUUCAUGAGCUGCGCCACGUGCGCGAGGCAGAUGCUGGAGGUGGAGGACGCGCGGGGCGAGAAGGUGUACGGGCCGGACAGCAUGUGCGUCGCGGUGGCGAGGAUGGGUCAGGACGACGAGCUCAUCAAGUCGUGCACGCUCAAGGAGAUGUGCAACAUCGACAUGGGCGGGCCGCUGCACUCCAUGGUGCUGGUGGGCGAGACGCACCCGCUGGAGAACGACAUGCUGGCGAUGCACAGGGCAAAGGAUAGCGAUUUCCUGCCGGAGGAUCAGGUUCCCUCGCAGUACCUCGACGACAUGUAG